CAGGAAGCGUUUCUGAUGCAGUGUGUUCUGUUCGCAGCGUGCCCCCCCGGAUCCUACAAGAUGUCCUCCAGACAGCAGGAGUGUUUUCCUUGUCCUGCCAAUAGUGUGGCGGAGGAGGAAGGAUCUGUGGUGUGUGUGUGCGAAGAAGACCACUUCCGGACUCCUCUGGACAGCCCCUCUGCCCCCUGCACACGGCCGCCCUCCCCACCCAGAGACCUGGUGUUCUCCCUCAGGCAGUCCUCCCUGGUCCUGGACUGGGCCCCGCCCUCGGACGCCGGGGGCCGCGUGGACCUGACCUACAGCGUGGGCUGCCAGCGCUGCGUGGCGGCGCGCUGCGAGCCCUGUGGGCCCAGCGUGGGCUUCGUUCCUCAGCAGGUGGGCCUGAUGGAGCGGACGGUGACGGUGGUCAACCUGCUGCCCAACACCAACUACUCCUUCACGGUGGAGGCGCUGAACGGCGUGUCGGAGCUGCUGCCCAGCAAAAGGUUCUACACCCAGGUCAACGUGUCCACUAGUCAGCCCGCUCCAUCUCUGGUCAGCGAGCUGCGAGCGGAGAAGAUCGAGGAGAAGAGCGUUACGCUGGUGUGGAGAGAGCCCUCCUACCCCAACAGCAGCCGCACCGAGUAUGAAGUCAAGUACUACGAGAAGGAACAGAAGGAUCAGAGUUAUUCCACCGUGAAGACAUCAGCCACUCGGAUCAGCGUCCAUAACCUGAAACCAGGAACCACUUACGUCUUCCUCAUCCGUCCCUUCUUAAGUCCAGCUCCUUCCUCCUUUUCUUCCUCUUCUCUCUCAUCAACCUCUUCUACUUCCUCUUCUUCCUCCUCCUCCCCUCCCCCCAUUGACUACGGCGCGUACAGCGCCCCCCUGGAGCUGCAGACUCUGGGAGAGCUGGCCCUGGCGUCCAGCGAACAGAACCCGGUGGUGAUCAUCGUCAUCGUGUCUGUGGCCGCCCUCGUCAUGCUGCUCUCCAUGGGGGUGGGACUGCUCAUCUGGAGAAGGCAGUGCGGCUACAGCAAAGCUUCCCAGGAAGGAGACGAGGAACUUUACUUCCAGUUUAAAAUCCCAACCCGGAGAACCUACAUCGACCCGGAGACCUGUGAGGACCUGCUGCAGGCCGUGCACGCCUUCGCCAAGGAGCUGGACAACCAGAGCAUCAAGAUAGAGAGAAUCAUGCACACAGGUGACUUUGGGGAGGUGUGCCGCGGCUGCCUGAGGCUCCCCAGUAAGAGAGAGCUGCCGGUGGCCAUCAAGACGCUGAGGGCCGGCUGCUCCGACAAGCAGCGGCGCUCCUUCCUGAGCGAGGCCGGAAUCCUGGGACAGUUCGACCACGGGAACAUCAUCCGCCUGGAAGGGGUCAUCACCACAGGAAACACCAUGAUGAUCGUGGAGGAGAGCAUGGCCAACGGCGCCAUGGACGCCUUCCUCAGGAAACACGAAGGCCAGCUGAGCGCCAUGCAGCUGAUGGACAUGCUGAGCGGCGUGGCUUCAGGCAUGAAGUACCUCACUGAGAUGGGCUUUGUCCACAAGCGGUUGGCGGCGCACAAGGUUCUGGUCAACUCCAACCUGACCUGCAAGGUUUCAGGCUUCAGGCCUCUUCAGGAGGAAAAGAUCGAGGCCAUCUACACCACGCUGAAUCGUCCACAGGAGUGGUUCUCUGGAAGCAGCAGGUCCAGAGUAAACCGAGUCUGUUUCAUUAGGAGAACAUCCAGCUUCCUUCCUGCAUCACAGGAAGAACUUGGUCACCUGACCUCCUGGACUUCCUGUUUGCAGGUAAUCAAGGCCAUCGAGGACGGCUUCAGGCUGCCGGCUCCGGUCAACUGUCCUCCACAUCUGCAUCAGCUGAUGCUGGACUGCUGGCAGAAGGAGCGGACGGAGCGGCCCACUUUCAGCCAGAUCCACUCGGCGCUCAGUAAGAGCGUCCGCUCUCCGGACGGGAUCAGCUCGUCCACUCUGGCCCACAGGACGCUGAGCUCCUCCAUCGCCCUGGCCGAGCCGCCGCUGCCCACCAUCUCGUCCUUCAGCUCGGUGGGGGAGUGGCUGGAUGCGGUGGACAUGGGUCGAUACAAGGACAACUUCACCGCGGCCGGGUACUGCUACCUGGAAUCUGUGGCCCGGAUGACCGUGCAGGACGUCCUGAGCCUCGGCAUCACCUCCCUGGACCAUCAGAAGCUGAUCCUGGCCGCCAUUCAGACGCUCAGGGCGCAGGUGAUCCAGAUGCACGGCCGGGGGGUGCAGGUCUGACCGGUGGAGCGGGCCUAGCGCCGACGGAGGAGCUCUGGCACACCGAGAGGAAGAUUCCGCUUCCAUUCCUUCACCUGAGGACCUCAGAGGAGCCGCGCCGCACGUCCUUCCUGUCCUCUGCUGGCCGGACCAGAGCUUUGGCCCGGCGGCUGAUUUUGGUGGAACAACCCUUUAAGACAAACCUUCUGAUGUGGCCAUCCGGCGCCGCUCCAACGCUGAGGGCUGCUGGCUUCGUCGAUGUAGGUGGGGCUUUAGUCAGCGGCGGCGGCGCCCAGCUGCUUCUGGCCCAUUGAGUCUGAUGGUGAAACGAACGCAGUGAAAGGUUCCAACGUCUCUCCUCCUUGGUGCUUUUCUUCGUGCCGGAUGAGGAACCGCUGCGUCACGCGAAGAACAUUGUAAAAAAAGUUCAAGAUGGAGGCUUCAGUCUGAGCAGCUCCUCCAUCCAAACCCGCCCAGGUUCCCUCCUCUACAGAGGGGGCCACCAGGGGGCGCUACAGGGGUCAGACAACUGGGAGAAAAUUAGCUGAAAAAAUGUUUUUUUCUAUUUUCAUAAAAUUAUGUUAUUUGCUUUUAAUUAAUAUAAAGUAUAAGUUGCAAAGAAAGGAGGGUGGCGUCCCACAGACUGGACAAACAUGGAGCUCAUCUACACUGACUUUAAGCCCCACCCUCCUGCUACACACCCAAUCAGGUUGGUUUCUGUUGCUCUGCUCUCAUUGGUUGAUAACAUAAAAAAUAUUCUUUAGCCAAACAAACAGAAUAAUCAUAUAAUUGGAGUUAAAAUGAAGAUUAAUUCAUAUUAUUUUCAGGAAAAGUUGCUCAU